AUGACGGCCCCCUGUACCGUGUGUGGUAAGAUCUUCCUCAUCCCCUAUGGCCUGCUGGGGUGCGCCGCCACCAUCCUCUUCUUCAACCUCUUCCUGGAGCGUGCCAUCACGCUCAUCUCCGCCGUCAUGUACCGAUGCCACCAGAGGAGGCGCCAGCAGGAGAAGAAGAAACAAGACAAGAAGAACAAACAACAUUACAACGAAGAUGAUGAAGAAGCGGGUGAGAAGCAGUGGCGUCCCUCGGUGUACCAUGUGACCCUGGUGCUGGGGGCGCUGGCCCUGCUGGUGGCGUGCGCGGCGUCAGGUCUCUACUCGGCCGUGGAGGGCUGGAGCUACUUCGAGUCCCUCUACUUCUGCUUUGUCACCUUCAGCACCAUGGGCUUUGGAGACAUGGUCAGCGGCCAGCGAGACUGGUACCUCGCACGCUACUGCUACCAGGUGGCCAACAGCCUGGUGAUCCUCGUGGGCGUGUGCUGCACGUACUCGCUGUUCAACAUCACCUCCGUCAUCGUCAAGCAAGGGCUGAACUGGACGCUGGCCCGGAUGCUGAGCCUGUGGAGGCGGUGCCAUAGCAGCAGCAGCAGCAGGGGGUGUGGGGGGUGCAUUAGGGGCGGAGGCUGUGGUGCUGAAGGUGGUAGAGGGGGAGGUGGAGGGGAGCGUUGGGACGAUGACCGGGUGCUGUGCCUGUGGAGGUGGUGCCAUAGUAGUAGCAGGGGGUGUGGCGGGUGCGCUAGGGGCAGUGGAGGUGGUGGUGGAGGAGGUGGAGGACGGGAAGGGGAGAGUUGGGAUGACGACCAAGUUCCUCCACCUGCUCCUCAAGGGGUGGUAUUCUGCUGCUGCUGCUGCUGCUGCUACCCAGCCGUAGCCGUCCCCGUGCCUGGCGCUCACCACACAGGUGGAGGAGGAGGCAGCACCACCCGGCAUUACGAAGCCUCGCACCUGAGGACACAGCUGCGGCUCACGGCCACCAGGCACGGCCGGAGCAGGAGGUGGAGCUUCAGCGUGGUGCGCUUCGCCUCCUCCUCCUCCUCCUCUUCUCCGGCGCCCUCUAGGGGCAAGUGCUGGUGUAGCAGCGCAGAGGUGGAGACCGUGUGCGCUGCUCGUGGCUUCUCGCGGCGUAACAGCUUACCUGAAGGGGUUGGAGCGGUGGCCAUGCUGAGUCAUCGACUACAGGAGACGAGAACCAACACCUGA